GCAGCUUCCGCCCGUACAAUCUGUCUCAGCAUCAGCAUCUCAGAGAUUUGGAAAACGAGUAUCUGGAAUUAUCCCUAAAAAUCAACAGCACAUCUGUACAGUUAUGGCGACAGGGAGAGUUGGUCCACGAGCAGCACGGCGCCCCCGCCACGAUCGACAACCUGUUGAACCCGCAGUCGGGUGUCCACCUCCUGGUUCUGCACGAGACUUUUGGCCACGUCAUAUCCGCGCGGCAGUUCUUCACGCAACAGCCCGCGGAGCACCGGCGUUUCGUGCAAGGGCUGGCGUCCGUGCAAUCCGGGAGAAGGACGUCGGGACUGUGGCAGAGGCGGUGUCUGUGCGGCGAGGCCUGGCGUAUCCUUCUCGCGAAAUCUGGGUCACUGGACAUGUGGCUAAGACACCGCCGCGUGUGCGAUGCGAGUGGUACACGAGACCUGAUUUACGACGACAAAUGACCUUUUGUGAAAAGUAUGACGGGUACGGUGACCUCUGUUCAUGUGAUGACCCCUUCUUCCCGGAGGUUAGAAAGGUCCAGGACGCCAUUCCGAUUCGCGAAACCAUCCCAGUCGUGGUAGUAACAGCUAACAAGCCCUACCAUCUGUUCAGGUUACUCCGCCAACUCUUCACCGUGCCCGGGUCGUGGCAAACCCCUGUGCUCAUAGUCGUCGACGGAGCCCACGGAGAGACCAUCGCCUUGGCUGAGGUGCUGAAGCUUCCCGUCGCCGUCCACGCCCCCGAAAGCGCUGGAAACGAGCGUACGAACGCGAACAUCCGCUUCGCUCUGCACUCCGUUUUCGCUCGCUUUUCGACGGCGGACAAAGCUAUUCUGCUCGAGGACGAUUUGAUUCUUUCGCCCGAUAUACUGAGGUACUUCCAACAGACAUCCCGAAUCUUAGACAUCGACCCCACAGUCUUCUGCGUCAACGCCUUCAGCAGUAAUAGCUACAAGGACACGGCAAGCGAUCCUCGAAAGCUGCUGAGGGCGCGGAACCUACCCCAUGUACGGCUGGAUGGUGACUGGGAUUUCUGGCUCACCUGGGAAGACUUACGGAAAAACCGAGACAUCGUGUUUCCGGAACUGUCUCGAACCUUCCACGCGGGUUCAGCGGGGGUUCACGUCACGGGGUUCGAGCAGGAGUCUGUGUUCAAUCGCAUGAUCUUCAAUCAAGAGCGUGAGGUGGAGCUGGAAGAUGUUCGCGAAGUCGUCAGGGAGAGGUACGACGAGCGCUUGACCUUUGACCUGAAACGAGCCCUCGAGCUGACCCCGCCGAUGGACGUCUGCAGCAUGACCUGGGUUCCUCGCGCCUCGUCCGUUCCCGUGUCGGUCUACGUCUACGCAGAGAAUACGAACGAUAAACACUGGGGUUAUCGGCUCUUCCUUUCGUGCUUCCUGACGUUCGACGAAAAUACCCAUGAGAUCUACAAAGGUGUCAUACGCCUCAGGUGGCAUGGCACUGUCGUCUACCUGGUGGGCUGUCCUGCGUCACCCUUUUGCCGCCACCUGAGGACGGGCCGGCUGACCAAGCCCUCUCGCGACGACCUGAGGCGCGCGGCCUCACACAGAGACAACUGGGAGCAAACUUUCUUCGAGAAGAAUCCGAGGCUCUACCGCGUCAGCUCCGCCCCCCUCGACCGCGUGCUUAAUCUCACCAACAUCCUCUGGAACGAGGACUAGCUUCACCGUGUUCUGCGGAGGUUUAAGAGGGUUUUAGGGAUUUUCUUUUUAUAAAAAGAAUAGGUGAAUAUUAAUUGCAUUGCUAGUCUCCUUCUCAGUCC